AUGGGAAAGAACGAUUUUGAUAAAUUAGAAUCAGAUGCCAUCGAGUCAACUCCAUUUUUAGGUAGUGAUGAGAAGGCAGCUAAUUUGAAAAGUGCCGAUAGAAUAAGUCUCCCAACGAUAAAAGAUGAUAGCCAGCCAGCAGUGAAACCCUGGGUUCAUUUUGUAGCUGGUGGUAUUGGCGGUAUGGCUGGAGCCAUUGUCACUUGCCCGUUUGAUGUUGUUAAGACCCGUUUACAAAGUGAUGUUUUCCGAACGCAAUACAAAUCUGCGGCCAUGCAAAAUAAUGGAAGCAGCACUCUCCAUUUUGUGUCAAGGAGUUUGCUGCAUUUCAAAGAAACUUUUGGUAUUAUCGGUAACGUUUAUAGACAGGAAGGAUUCAGAAGUUUGUUCAAAGGUUUAGGACCUAAUUUAGUUGGUGUCAUUCCUGCUAGAAGUAUCAACUUUUUAACGUACGGUACUACCAAGGAUAUAUAUUCCAGAACACUUAAUAAUGGCCAGGAAGCUCCUUGGAUUCAUUUGUUAGCGGCAGCCACCGCUGGUUGGGCUACAUCCACCGUUACAAAUCCUAUUUGGCUCGUUAAAACUAGAUUACAGCUUGAUAAAGCAGGAACAAAAACGUAUAAGAAUUCGCUGGACUGUAUUAAGAGCGUUGUCAAAAAUGAGGGUGUUCUCGGUCUUUACAAAGGUUUGAGUGCCUCAUAUCUAGGCUCAGUUGAAGGUAUUCUUCAAUGGAUUUUGUACGAGCAAAUGAAGAGAAUUAUAAAAGAAAGGUCUAUUGAAAAAUUCGGCCAUAUUCAUGAGGACGCUAAAAGUACUAGUGACAAAGUUAAAGAAUGGUGUCAAAGGUCGGGAAGUGCUGGUUUAGCCAAAUUUGUAGCCAGUAUCGUCACUUACCCCCAUGAAGUUGUUAGAACAAGAUUAAGACAGGCCCCAACAGAGAAUGGUAAAUUGAAGUACACCGGAUUAGUACAGUCAUUUAGGGUCAUCAUUAAGGAAGAAGGCCUCGUUUCAAUGUAUAGUGGUUUGACGCCUCAUUUGUUAAGAACUGUUCCUAACAGUAUUAUCAUGUUUGGAACAUGGGAACUGGUAAUUAAAUUACUAUCUUGA